UUCGGGUCAAGCCAUGAGCAGCCAAUUACCCCCCCCCCCCCCUUCCGGUAUAUUCCGGCUAAAAUCAACAUUAUUCUGAACUAAAAUCGUUAAAUAAAUUAAUUUAUAAGCAUGCUGUUGAUUUAAUGAAAACUGCAUUUUAGAACUGCGAACUAUUAGAGAGUCCCUUUAACCGCACGUUCAGUUAUGUCGAUCAAUUGCAAUGUUGAUACGAAAAGAAUGCAAAUUCUAAAUGACAUCUUUCUAAUUAGCGGUUUCUUAUGGCUCACUUCUUUACAUGCAAUUUUGUCAGACUCGCGUGACUGUUAAAUACAUUUUUUUUAAUUAAUGAACAUUGUGGGCUAUUGGUUAGUUUUCGUCCUUGACUUUUAAAACCAGUUGUACACUAAACAAAGUUUAGCUAGGUGGCAAUGUUUGAUAGAUUUUUGAAAGUCUGUAGAAACACAGUAACGGCACUCACAUGUCAUGUGAAUUUGAUGAUUUGAAACUUGAUAUGAUACAUUAUGGGUCAGACCUUGUGAGCCUAUCAGCUUAUCAGUGGGUUAGAUAUGUGAGAGGAUAUAUGUAUGUAGGUAGAUAUUUGAGAUAGGUCUAUGCAAAUCAGGUCCGGACUCUGGUCGUGCUGUCACAUGGUAGUACUGCUCGCUUGCUCCGUGUGGGGACCGGUUCACAUGCGAUAAACCACUUGGCUCACACUUGAUAGUAGCUAGAGCUGCAAAAGCAGCCGCUUACAAUUUCAUUGAUAAUACUAUUACGAGUAGUUAAAGUACUAAAACAAUCAGUACGUAUUUGACGUUCGUUAAUUCCUUAAUUGUUUGUAUCAAGGGGGUUUUGAGAGAGGGGUAAGCUGGCUAUUUUCUCAUACUUCUUACUCGCAAAAUAGACUUUCGCUGGAGGAGUUGUGAUUUUUCGCGUGUGACACUAAACGGCACAUACAAAUGAUUUACAGAUUAAGUUUUCACUACUACUGUAUAACAUUGAUCACCGAACGUAUACAACACUACUGGUAGAUAUAUCAUACCGUUUAUAUUGACAUCAGCUAAAACAAAAAGGUUUCAUUUUAUCAGUAUGAACGUUUAUUCUGUAUUAUACAUGUAACUGAUGGAUAACUGCAGAGGCGGGCAUCCUAAUGCGGGCGGUGCGAAUCCAACACAGCGAGUUUCCAGUUCAGGAGCGUAUGGAGGACUUCCUGCCGCUGUGCGCGAGCCUAGAGCGCGAGCAGUACACGCUGCAGCGGCUCAACUCCGCUGGGGAAGACAUGGAUGCUCAACUGGAGGACCUCCGCAACAGCAGCCCCAUUUCCGGUAUGUGGGGCACUGAGUCGAUGGAUGAUGAGAUGUACCUAGAGUACCUGUUUUCACAAGGUCUGGCGGACUCCAUUGAAAAACCAAGCAGUGUGAGCCCACUAAUAGUGAACAAGAGUAGUGAAAAAGUGACCACGUUUUGUGAUAGUUAUUGUAACACUUUGCUGGCAGAUUUCCCACGGGAAAGCCUCUCCACCGGAACAAGUAGUGACUCUGAUUCUGACUAUAGUGACGUAUUUCCGACUGAGACUAAAGACUUUGUUGUUUUAGGAGUGGGUCUCCAAAGCUUAAUGCAUUCCUACGCCGCCAAAGGUCCUGCUCCUAACAACCCUAACACACAAGACCUAGCUAUAGACCAAUUCCCCCGUCCUCCCGCACCAAACAACGUACCACGUGCACAACUUCAUCACCAUAGUAACCAACAAUACUCAUUUACGAACGCUAACUCAUUGUUAACUAAUGCCUCAAUUUUAAAUGCUGUUAACAAAGUCAGAGCGAUGAAAACUCAAUCGCAACGUGCGAAUCCAAUUGCCACCAAGGCUGCAGCAGACGACAAAAUAUUCCAUUGUACGUACGCCGGUUGUACGAAAGUUUACAGUAAAUCCUCGCACCUAAAGGCUCAUCUACGACGUCACACGGGGGAGAAGCCUUUCUCGUGCACGUGGCCUGGAUGUGGAUGGAGAUUUUCACGCUCGGAUGAACUUGCGCGCCAUAAACGUUCUCAUUCCGGAAUAAAACCCUACCAGUGUAAAAUUUGCGAAAAGAAGUUCUCAAGAUCGGACCAUCUUUCGAAGCAUUUAAAAGUUCAUCGAAAACGCAAUGGCCUGUAGCGUUGUUCAUAUUCAUAUCUAAAUUAUUUGAAGAGGCAUUCCAGAUUGACUGAAUUGUUGUGAUAAAUUUAUUGAGUUCAGUUCUAACGCGUAGCGUGUGUGUAUGUACGGUCUUUCAGCAUUAGACUUGUAAUUCAGUGCCAUGAAUUGAUGAUUUUUCAUUACUGACAUUAAUUUAUUUAAAACCUUUUUUAAUAUUUUACAAUUGCUUCGUUAAAAGUGUGUGCAACUUUGUGUUUAUGUUUUAAACUUCAUAGAAAGAACUUAUCCACAUGUAAAUUUAUACGUGUUCUAACUUCUUUGUUAAUGACACACAUCGUACGUAUUAUGAUAGUUAACAUACAUUCACGGAGCACUAAUUGAUGGAGCACUUAUUUGAAUAUAUGUAAAUAAAGCCAUGGAUUAAAUAUCACAACAAUGCCUAAUUAGCAUGUUGCUGUAAUUGUGUGGCAAUUAAAGACCCAAGACACCAGUGGUACAUAUUUACAACAAACCGGAAACGCGCACUUCUUGCGGGGGCCCUUAAGACCUUCUUCCGCCGCAAAUUUAAGUGCAAUUAAACAGUGAAAAGUCUGCUUGUUGCGACAGCUCGUCUUUUAUACCAGCAAAUAAAACAGUGCCGAGCAGAAAGGCGUGCGGAACGUUUACAUAUAAUUGUGAUGGUUUGUAGUCACACGUACAUAUCUGAUAUCAAUUUUCUUGGAUUACAGAGAGAUGGUUUCCAACUUCCCUUGAACGCACAUUUCCGUCUUUCAUUAUGAUGCACUCGCAGUAAAGUUCAUGAAAUGUUUGAAAAUUGGUUAAAAUUGUUAUUUUGCUGUCGAAAUCUUAGAAAGUCUCCGGAACAGCAUUCCCCUUUGUAGUAACGUGUGUUUCCUUUUCCUGUAUCACUGUAGUGGUGUAAGAUACAGAUUAUUACAUUAUCUUUGGUUUGAGAGUUUUGAUUCUCCUCUCUACCACAAAAGUGUUAUUUUGCGUUUUCUAAACUCUAAGCUGUAAGCGGUUAGACAUCAAUAUAAUGUAUAGCUUGGUUCUGAAAAUUAAUAACUGUACGGUUCGUAUUUCAAGACUUAACAAGAUCAAAAUAAAGUCAAAUUGCUAUAAAUUACCAUUUUAGUUAUAGUUUUCGAAUAUCCGAAAAAUAUAAGGGGUAUGCGUUUGAAGGAUAAAGGUAUAUUUCCAUACAAGUGUAUAUCAUUGUUUGAGAAAAACUAACUGUCAAACCAAACUGACUGUUCGUGGAAUGAGUUUAUGUAUUACGUACGUAAAUUUGAAAUAAAAAAAACAACAUA